CCCAAGGUUAAAUCAAUUUGGGAAUCGGCUCUUACUUUGCUUGUUUGCUUAGUCAGUUGAAGUCGAUUCUCGAUUGUGAUUUUGUGAAGACCUGAAUUGAAGACAGAAACAGAAGGCUCCACUCCCUCAGCCCCUGCUCCGCCCAGCACCUCUGCCGGCGUCCAGCUCCACAGCCUCCGGCGACUUCUCCUCCUUCCCCUGCUCAUCGCCGUAUGCCUUCGCCACCCCUUUGAAGCCACCGGCCGGAGACCUUCGAUAACCAACCACAGCUACACCGUCGCAACCCACAUCAGGCAAACUGUUUGAUCAAAUGCCUUAGAGGGAUGUAUAAGGAUUACAAAUGCCUGAGAGGGAUCAGGGAUGUGUGGACAUAUUUUCCCUUGUCCUUUGUUUUUAUCAUGUUUUUAAGGAUUACAAAAAUGGUUCAUGUUGCUGGUUAAUAAGUCCAAAUAUAAAACUGUUAAUUCUAAUAAGAAAAAUAUAUUAAAAUGUGAAGGAAGUCUUUUUUGGUCAUUUUACACAUAUGACAUAUAAGCAAUUUUUUUUGCCAAACACUAAAAAGUGCUUAUCAGCUUAUAGCAUCCAAACAUUUUUUUAAAAACUCAUUUUUGACACAUCUAUAAGCUAAUAAGCUAUAAGUUAAAAAGUGUUUAUCAUUUUAAAUAAGCUUAGCCAAACACCCCCUAACUCUCUAAGUUCUUGUUUAGGUUUAUUUCAAUUAUUUGUUAUUUUGUUGAAAACUUGAAAAUAGCAAUUAGUUUUAUUUGAUUAGUGUUAGUACUUAGUUAGUUGUUACUUAUUAUUACAAAUUUCUAUUUGAUUUUUUGGCCAAAUUGGAGGAUGGAAAUGAAGAACACUAUGAUGUCUAUUUGAUUAGAUUUAGUACUUAGUUAUUACUUGUUUAGGGUUAUUUCAGUUAUUCGCCAAAUUGAAUGGAUGGAACACUAUAAGGAAUUUCCUAAAUCUCUUUUUAUACAAAACAAUAAUUUAAUUUGUCAGAUCAUCUCCAACUAUAUUUAACAAAUUUAAAUGGCAUGAAUGUAGUUCUCAUCCAAUCAAUGGUAAAUUUUGAUAAUAAAUUUUGUUGACGGUUUUGUGUAAUUUGAUCUUAUAUUAUUCAUGAACUAUCAAAUUUCAUUUACAUAUGACCUACAAAAUAUAUUACAACAAUUUGUGAGAGCUUUAUAAGGAAUUUAGUGUUAGACUAUGAUAUAUAAAAUUUAUCCCAUUUUAUCAGUUAUUAAAUUUAAUUAUACUUAUAUAUUUAUAUACCAUGAUUGUUAUGUCUGAAUAAAAUAGUAGUAUAAUAUUAAAUUAAAACAAAUUGUUUUAUUAUUAAAAUAUUCAAACUAAUUUUUUAGUAUUAUUUUAGUAUAUGGUUAUGAUAUCAUUUUAGUAAAUUAGUAUAUAUAGUUUCUUUACUAAAUUGAUGAAGCGACCAAAUUGAUUAAAUAUUCUUGUUUAAAAGCAAACGUUUGAGAGUCGAUGGGGUAAACUCGUGGUUAAUCAAUAGUUUAGGGAUUAUUUUGUGAUUUGAGUGCAGAAUAAAGAAUUCGGAGAUUUUAUGUUACAAACAAUGCCAACGGCUGAUUUUAUCCUUUUGUCGGUGCAGAAACUUUGCAAUUAAUCUUUUGUCGAUCUUCAUCCUUUCAGUUUCACUGCGUAAUUUCACGUUCUUUGAUCUGCAUUUGGGAUCCAAACAAUAAGAUGAUCACAGGAUGCCAAUAUCAGACUAGAGGCCUUCUCUUGCACAAAUGGCAAUACCCUGGUUUGAGGAAGACAACAUCACAUACAUUAGACGCGAGGUUUUUGAAAAAGAAACCAAUAAGUUGUUCGAUACAUCAACCAAUCGAAAUCUCCCCUGUUGUUAACAAGAAGAGGGAUGAAAAUAAGAGAGCAUUGGUUAAAAUGUGUGGAAUCACAUCAGCUAAAGAUGCAGCUCUAGCAGCAGAAGCUGGAGCUGACUUUAUUGGAAUGAUCCUUUGGCCUAAUUCCAAACGUUCAGUUUCAAUAUCAACUGCAAAAGAAAUCUCAAAAGUUGCACGCGAAUAUGGGGCAAAGCCUGUUGGAGUAUUUGUUGAUGAUGACUCCAACUCUAUUUUGAAAGCUUCUGAUGAUGCGGAUCUUGAAUUUGUGCAGCUUCAUGGAGAUGGAUCACGGGAUGCAUUUUCUGUUCUAUCAAAGGAAAAACAAAUCGUUUAUGUUCUUCAUGCGAAUGAAGAUGGUAAACUUCUCAAUCAUAUUUCAGAUGGAGAUUGUUGUUUGGUAGAUUGGAUUCUGGUGGAUAGUGCAAAAGGAGGAAGUGGUAAAGGAUUUGACUGGUCAAAGAUCAAUCUACCACCAAUAAUGAGCAAAAACGGGUGGCUAUUGGCAGGAGGGAUCAAACCAGAAAAUGUAAUUUCAGCUCUUUCAAUCUUAAAACCAGAUGGAGUUGAUGUGAGUAGUGGUAUAUGUGCUUCAGAUGGCAUUCAGAAAGAUAAAUCACGCAUAUCAUCUUUCAUGACAUCUGUAAAUUCUGUUCAAUAUUAA